CCUUUGAACAUUUCAUAAUCAAAAUCUCAAACAUUGCCAAGGAAUUGAAAUAUAAUUAUAUAUACAAAGUCACUAAGGUUACUAGAUAUGAAGUUCAUCACAUUAGUAUUCAUCGCUUUCUUUCUAUCGUCUCUGGUUCUGAUCAAAGGGGAAGAGGAGAACGCAUCAUGCGUUCUGGAAGAUCUUCAAAUAUGCAAAACAGCGGUAACAACCGGAAAGCCACCGUCGACAGAAUGUUGCGAUAAACUAAAAGAACAACAAACGUGUUUUUGUGAUUACUUAAAAGAUCCAAGGGUUAGUCGAUAUAUUACAGUUGCCAAACAAAUCUUAGCGGCUUGUGGUAUACCGUUUCCUAGUUGUAAUUAAAGUUUCAAAUAGUUAUAACAUAAUCUAUAAAUGUUAGAAUUAUAAAAAUUAUAUUUGAUAAUGUUAAUCAUGUCAAGGUUAUUAACCUGAUUCAAUAAAGUGUUCGUUUCUAUCCA